GUUUCGUAAAAAAAGCAAAAAAAAAAAAAGUUUCUACGGUGCUUUCACAUUAUAGCUGCUCGUUGGUCACUUUCAUCUCUCUCUCUCUCUCACUCUUAUCCCUUUGCUUUUUCCAUUGAUUCAUCAUCUCUCAUCGUUCUCUCUGGAUCUGAGCGAAACUUCCUUCCCUCUCUGUUUCAUCUCUUCAAGAUAACCCUCUCAAAAACAUAGAUUGAGAAUAUUAUAAGCAAGUGGAUGAUAAAAGAUCAAUUAGUGUAUUAAGAGGAGAAAAAGAGAAACAGCAUGUGUUGGUUCACUGUAUACCGCAAAGUUGUGCGCUUGAAUCUUUACUGCCGUGUCAUUCUGUAAAAAAAAAAAAAAAUUCUUCUUCCUUUUUUAACCAACUCUCCCCAGUAGUCUAAAAUCUUCUUAUUCUCUCUUUUAAAAAAAAAAGAAAAAAUGGGAUCCCAACAUUUCUAUGUGUAUCAUUGUGAACAAAGAAUCAGCUAAGCUCCUUCCUUCCUUCACAAGAAAAGGUUUCUUCUUCGGGUUGGUUUCUUUCUGGUUUUUUCAUUCAAGGUUUUCCUCAGAGUUAUGGUGUGUCAGUCCCCUGGUAAGACAAGAUUUCGAGCAUUGAAAUACGAGACAGGUGACGCUGACAGACCAGCUAUUGUUGUCAGAGUUAUUGCAUGCUUUCAACCUAUGGAUAAUUGCCAGGCUGAAUACUUCAGACUUCUUCUCAAACCAGUGACGUAGUUAGUCUCUGAUUCCCCGCUGUAUUUUUGUUUGUUCUUUGCCUCUUCGUUCUUUCUUUCACUACUUAUUCAAAAGGGUAACCAGAAGUAUUGCAUUCACCUGAUUGAGCAACUUAACAAUCGUGUUUGUACUCUUUAAAGUUACCUAACUACAAGAGCAUGCCUCUUGAUACAAGGCAACGAGAUUUGCCUCCUCAACCUUGCUUUGAGGAUAUAACAGCUCCUGGAAUCCCUCUCCUUGAGCUUCAGGCUCGCUGUUUCCAGCCACCGCCAUUCCAGUCUCUUCUGUGGAGUCAUGAUAAGGAGUCUUGUGGAAAACGAUUCUCUAUUUCUGGCAUGAGGUCUUGGUGUGCUGCUGCUGCUGCUGCUACUACUACUACUCCAUUAGAGUCUUCUCAGAAAGGACUUAUGAUAUUCGAUCAAUCAGGAAACCAGACUCGUCUACUACGAUGUCCAUUCCCCUUACGGUUUCCAUCUCUAGCUGCUGCAGAGCCGGUGAAACUCUCUGAGUUCCAACACGGUCUUGACAAAGGUUUCAGUGAAGAUCAUGUUACUCUGAAGGAGUUUGAUGAGAACUGUGUAAAUGGAAAAGAGUCGGAAAUGCAUGAAGACACUGAGGAGAUCAACGCAUUGCUCUAUUCAGAUGAUGAUUAUGAAGAAGAUGAUGAUGAUUGUGAGAGUGAUGAUGAUGAAGUAAUGAGCACUGGUCACUCUCCUUAUCAAGUUUGCAACAAAAGAGCGUUGGAAGAAAUAGAUAGUCCUUGUAAAAGGCAGAAACUACUAGUGGAUAAGGUUGAUAACAUCAGUGGCUCAUCAUCAUCAUCAUCACUUGUGAGCUCCACAAAGCUCCCUGAAUCAAACAUCUCGACCAAAGAAGACACUGGUUCUGGUCUAAGCAACGAGCAGUCAAGAAAAGACAAGAUCCGCACAGCUCUGAAAAUACUCGAGAGCAUAGUUCCAGGUGCAAAAGGAAACGAAGCUCUCUCACUUCUAGACGAAGCCAUUGAUUACCUGAAGCUACUGAAACGUGACUUAAUCUCUACAGAGAUUAAGAACCAAUGCUAAAACAAAAAACCCACACCACAACAUGGGGAACAAGAAAAUCUACAGACAAAUCAGGCUUGAAGAUUCUCACGUGUGAAGUGGUUUAAGGUACCGUAUCCUCUGCAACCAGCUUUUUAGCUGUAUAUAGUGGACUACUUUAGGUAAAUAUAUAUUUAUGCUUCUGCAAUUUCAAAAAGUUAAAGAAGAAAAAGAAAGCUCAAAAGUCAUCAUGGUCAUUGAUCGACAAUGAUUAUCUUUUGGUGGCUUAGUGUGUGGAUGGUGAAAUCAAAAGGCAAUAUUCAAAGUCUUCAUCUCUCAAACUCGCGUGGUCUAUGAAUCUCAUCCCCCUAAGGUAAUAAUGAUAAAUAAAAAUCUCUGACCCACACUCUCUUUUGUCUAUAUGAUGACUAAAGUGGGUCCUUUGGUUUUUUAUGAGUUGAUGUCAUGUUCAUGUAAUAAAUUUUAGUGUCUGUAAUAAUGCAAACCACUCCUUUGUUCUUUUGCUUCCCCACUUGCUACUCUUGUUUUUGUUGUUGUUGUUGUGCAUUUGAGUCUCUGUUCAUUGUUCAUGUUCUCUUCUGUGUCUAUGUAUUGUAUGUAUUGUAUCAAGAUGAUUGUAUUUUGUCGUUUGGGUUUUGUAAUUUACCAAUGUUAUAAAAUUUGGUCUUUGUUUGUGUAACAUAAGGGCAUCCUCAAAGGGAGAGCAUUAAGGUGUGUGCUUAGAGUGAAAAUAGUAGUAAAAUAAUGUAUUUAGGUUAGGAACAAGGGACAUCCUCAAAGAGAGAUCACUUGUUAAGGGUGUGCUUAACAAAAAAAAAAUUAAUUUUCUUCCAAUCACCAA